GCACGAUAGAAAAGUGAUAACACAUAUAUUCUAAGAACAGUUUUACAAUAUUCAUAAGUUCGCAGUAAGAUAACAAUUUAAAGUAUAAAACCAUAGUACACAUUAGGAGGAACUUAAUUGCUAUUAUCGACCUACGAAGGUGGAAGUAUUUACCUGGACAAACCUGAAUAAUCAUAGCCCAAUUUGAGAACGUAUACUGAGUGAUAGGUGGUCUUAACGACGGGUUCCAUUUGCGAUGGAAUUAGAAUACUACGAUAGUCUCACCUUUGAUAGCUUAGACAUCGAUUUCUGGGAACACCACGACUUACAAAAGAAAAACAACGUGCAGGAAGACGACAUUAAACCGGUGUUUGAUCAAGUGUUCGACAUUAUACCUGAGUACGUAGGUACCGACCUAAGGACGGAGAUCAACAGACUGAAGAAAGCUCUCCCACAGCCUAAUUCCCUUGCUGAGCUCCUCACUGAAGAGAGUCCGACUCCUGACAUUUCACGUAUGCCAAACUCAUUCAAACUGGCUCCUAAAAUUGGGCAACAGGCAGGAGGACGUAAAAAUGAAGCGACAGACAACGUACAGAAAGUCCCAUCGCUCCCAAGUAUCUCUAAACUAUGCAAUGACAAUCUGCUCACGGUGCCGGCACCCGGCAAUGACCUUAUGCUUCAAACACUACCACUUUUCACCCCGGGGACGAACCGAAAGAUGUCCCUUGCGUUGAAGUCAACUUUUGGACAAUUUGAAGAAGAACGCCAAAAGUUGAACAUUCCUCAAAAUCCUUUGGCUUGGUCCGAAUACCACGUUCAGCAAUGGCUUGCUUGGGUGUGUCAAGAGUUCAAAGUCACAAACAUUAGAAUAGAAAACUUCAGGAAAUCUGGUAGAGAACUUUUAGAACUCGGGGAAGAGAAAUUCUUGGAGAUCGCCCCUCCUUUCACAGGUGACGUCCUUUGGGAACAUCUAGACUUUCUUGUCAAAGAAAAUACAAACGCUGAAACUGAAGUUUUGGAUCAAGUAUUCGGGAAUGAUUUCGCAAUGUUAGACACUUGCAACGAACACAUCCAGUUAGACGAAGGCAAUCAUAUUAGUAACUCUUACCAACUCCUUAAUAAUAUGGACAUGGACGCCGAUAUUUUCCUGACACCGGUAGAACAGGCGAGCCUCAAUAACUCCGAUCCACCCUCCUACUCUGAAUAUAACUUUACAAUGGGCGCCCUCCUCCCACCAAUCAACCAGUCGAUCCCCCAGAAGCAAUACCGACCUCUAUUGAGAAAAUCUGGAUCUAUGAGUGGUGGUUGCCUCAUUGAAAACGACCCCAAUGACCAAACCGUCCCGUCCAUUAAAUCAGAACAAUGGGACGCUUUGUCCAGUAGUUAUGGGUCUCCAGUGAAGACAGAAGUGCAAUGGUCCGAGAUAAACAAGCCUGAGAUUCCGGGAUACACCCAGAAUGGACCUAUUCAAUUGUGGCAAUUUCUCCUAGAAAUGCUCAUGGACAAAAACAGUCAGCACGUAAUAUGCUGGACUGGGGACGAUUGGGAAUUCAAGGUGCUCGAUACUGAAGAACUUGCUAAGCGUUGGGGUCAACGCAAGAACAAACCUAAAAUGACUUAUGAGAAACUCAGUAGGGGUAUUAGAUACUAUUAUGAUAAAAAGUUAAUCAGGAAAACUUCUGGUAAAAGGUACACGUACAAAUUUGUGUGUGAUAUGUCUAGCAUGUUGAAACACACGCCUACAUCUUUGUUUCAAGCAUGUGGGGUCACUCCUCGAUAUGAUGACGACACCUAUAAUUGAACAUAAUCCACUCGUUGUAGACAAUCGUCUUCAAUUUGAAUGUGUUUUUGAAGGUAUACUUCUUGUUUGAGAGAUACCAGAAAGUUAGGGCAUUCCCACACAAAAGUUACUACUUGU